CAUUUCGCUGUUUUAGCCAACAAUAUCGCAUUCGGCAGUCUCAAGUCACAGAACAGCCAAUAUCUGGCAGUGCGCAAGCGGCACAUAUCAAAGCAUUUUCACUGAGAUAUUUGAAAACGGAGUCGUGUGGUGAACGCCUGCGUGUCCCUUUUAAAACAAAUCCAGGGACUGUCAAUCAUCGCGCAUUCCGACCAAUCCCAAAGCACCGUUUUUUAAAAGCUGGUUUGCCUGCUGUGCUUUUAUAUUGCAGUAUGGCCUGGUUCGGAGCAUUUUACUACCACGGUUAUUGCCACAAAUCAAGAGGGCAAAGUGAACGGCAUGGGACUCACACCAAUCUUAACGAACCUGGGUCCGAUUCCUGCGUCUGAGAGGUUUACAGGCAAUAACUGCACAUGCAGAUGAUACAGCGGGGGAAAUGGGGAAGAGUUUUGUAGGUAAAUCGUAAACGUUAAAGGUUGGUUGAUUUGCCAAGCCCUCAGCCAAGCUUGCAACAAAACAUGACAAGCCUGUCGCGGUUUAGUGGCUGCCCUCUUUCUUGCGUCAACCCUGGGGAGAGCAAUACUGAACCCAGCGUGGUGCUGCCACCUUUGGCAGAGGAGCACAUGGGGCACCCCACUGGCAGUUCCUUAAAACUCUGCCCCUCGCAAAAUUUGCGAGACUACCACGAGACGAGGGCCAGUGCAUAUGUUGACCACUCGGUUACCCAUUUUCCAGACACUGGAUACACCAGCCAUCGCUUAGAACCCAGUCCUAGGGGCAUUAUCAUUGGGACAAAUCUGUCAGCAGCAGGCAUGCCACCAGUAACUGAUCAGCUGGCUCCGAGACCUAACCAGCAUGGCAAUAUUGGAAGGUACCGUGACCUCCACAGCUAUAGGGAUGGCAGGAGCCACGCGUUCUUCAACACGUACCAAGAGCAGGCCCAUGGUUCGUCAGACGCGACCCGAGACCUCAGCAGCCAAAUGAUGUUGGGUCUUCCAGGAGAUCUGCUCUCACGAACGCACCCGUACGGCCAGUCCGUCAGUGGCCCCAGGGCCAACAGCCAGCAGCUGGUCACCCAGUUCUUGGAGUUCUACAAGCCUCUGAACAUGGCCAUGCAGCGAGGAGGGGGCGACGCCUUCCUCAGGUGCUCCAGGCAGAACCCAAAGCACGAGCUGGUAUGCAAGUGGAGUGACGGCCAAGAAGACACUGGCAAGCCGCCCUGCGCCAGGAGUUUUGGGACCAUGUAUGAACUCGUCACCCAUGUGACGGUUGAGCAUGUCGGAGGACCGGAGCACUCCGACUACGUUUGUCACUGGGAGAACUGUGCAAGAGACAGAAAGCCUUUCAAAGCCAAAUACAAGCUCGUCAACCACGUCAGAGUGCACACUGGAGAAAAGCCCUUUCCCUGCCCUUUUCAUGGAUGUGAAAAAGUUUUUGCCAGAUCCGAAAACCUCAAGAUACACAAGAGAACGCAUACAGGUGAGAAACCGUUUAAAUGUGAGUUUGAGGGCUGCAAUCGGAGAUUUGCAAACAGCAGUGACCGGAAGAAGCAUUCUCACGUUCACUCCAGCGAUAAACCCUACACGUGCAAGGUCAGAGGCUGUGAAAAAUGUUACACACAUCCCAGCUCCUUGCGCAAACACAUGAAACUCCACUGCAAGGCCUACAUCGCCAAAAUCGGCGAAGACGACGAGCACCUUGUACAGGCCAGGUCUCCUGAGGUGGCAGAACAGCAAGACACGCCCGCUUCUACCACAGUGACGCGAACGAUGACGACCCCCUCCCUUUCUCCUGAGACACGAAAUGAGUCGACUAUGAGGUCACGUUUCCAUCACACCUUUGAAAACAGUUUGGACUAUAUGGCGCACAGGCCACAGUCCCUUUUGGACCCUCUCUUGCUACAACGGGGCAGUUACAGACCAGAGUCCGUACAAUAUUCCUGCAGCCAACCAAGCCAUACGUUCGCACCUAGCCAUAGAACUUUUGCGUCCAACUCACCUUUUCAAAAAAGCCUGGUAAAUGGCUGGUACACAUGUCAUAGCGCCGUGGACACUUUUUCACCCAAACACUGUAACAGUGAUUUAUAAUGUCUGUAAUUCGGGCUUGUACUCGGCGUGUUAAAGCACUGACAGAUGACAACUAAAGGGUUCCGCUUCAUGUAAUAUUGUCCUACAGGCUUACUAAAUAGGAUAGUGCAAUUUGUUACUGUGAGCUUUUUCUGUUGUACAUAAUGUUCGUGUAUUGGUGAGACGUCGGUAACUAUUCCUCAACUGUAAAUAGCUUACUUAACCUUGCCAAAAUAUCUAUAAAACUAAAGACAAGUUGCCAAAAUAUAAUUCAUAUAUAAAAUAUAAAAUAUCUACAAACCAGGUGCCCACAAAUGGAGUAGAAUAUAUAGGUCGAAAGAAUAAAGUAAGUUAUUUCUGCACAAGAACAAAAAUAAAUGGCGUGUUAUUUUGAGGUUCUGUAGAGGCAGGGCCUCCGUAUAUGUGAUGUAUAGUAGAAAGAAGAGGUUUAUCUCUUGAAAAGUGAUAAUAAAAGUUAUUAACGUGAGUCUUUCUGUAAAUUACAACAUGGAGUUUACAUGCAUUUUUUUGUCAAAGCUCAAAUGUAGUUCGAAGGUUAUUAGAAUGAAAAAAUAUCGUUUGUCUUGAUGUGUGUGAAGGUGAACCAAUCGGUGAACCCAUCACACUACACCAACAAUGAAUGCAUUUUAUGCCUUUAUAAUUUUGGGGCGAUCAUUACAGACGUCAUGAGAAUAAAAGUGUUUAAUUAAGAUUCGACUGUAUAUACUGUACAAUUAAUUAUGCAUUCGAAGUUUCAUUAAAGAAUCUCUAUUCUCUUUGAUCAGGCGUGUGAUUUAAACUCUAUGCUUCUCAAAGGAAACGUGCGUGAGUUCAGUAUAACACUUUUGGACUUUGUCUGUAUGUGCCAGUUUUUUUAACGGAUACCACAUGCGUGUUUAGGUUUUUGCAAUGAAAUUUCAAAAGGAGAAACUAUAUAGACCUACUUUUAGUGACUUUCAGACUUGUGUUCAGAGUCUAAAACAAUUAAUUUUAAAAAGUUAUAACUUAAUGAAAUUGUUUUCCGUGAAGGCGAUUUUACGGCCGAAGCUGUCUCACCUCGAAUGAACUCCAGCAGGUUCCAAAUUUAUCGUAAUUUCUUUUCAGUUUAACCCGUCGUGUGUGGAAUCUUGUAUGCCGAUGAUAGUUUUGUUUGCUGUUAAUCUUAUUGUUAUCUAAACUGCAGCGCAUUAUAGCACGGCAUAAAUAAAGGUAUAAGUGAGGUUAUAGGCCUUGUACUUAUGAUCGUACUAAGCAGCGAAAGCCAGCCUGCACUCACUUAAGUUGCUGAAUGUAUCAGUGUGUAGGUUUCGGUAGACUUCUCACUCAUUAUCAGUGUGCUAGAGCGUUAUUAUUAUCGUAAAAGAACUGACAAUGAACUCAACUACUGUUCCGUCAAGUACAAGUCGGCUGUAAUCUCACUUCUGUCAUCAAGAAACAAAUGGCAGCCAACCACUGAAAAGAAGCAAAUAACUUUAGUGGUGAUAAAAGAAAUGUUAGGUUAAUGCAGAAGGUACCACACAAUGAAACCCAAAUUGUCAGCCUGAUGUCCACAGCUCUUUCAGUACAUCAGUUGCAUAACCAAAUUGCUAUUAGAUAUUUUCAGUUUUGUCUUCAGUUCCAUUAGUUUGCUUUGCUUUUCAUGCUUCGAACUGAUUCGAUAUUUUGAAAAAUCUGAACACUGACCUCAGUGAUUUUUGGAGCCUUGGUAGUGGCCCACUGUUGAAUCUACUGUUGCAACUGUCUUGUUAUAUAAUCAUAGAGUUUGCACUUAGGUAUUUUAUGCUCCUGUUUUGUGAGGAUUUCUUUUGGUGUGCGUGUGUCUGUGUGUAUAGUGUUAUGAAGUGGCAGGGCAUUGUAGGGUAGUGCUUCUCAAUUUGUAAUGCGAGUAACUUGCCUUUCUAACACUCUGUGCUGUGAAGCAGCUAACACUAAUGACCAGGAUGCAUAACAUUUUAAAAGACUCAUUUUUUUCCAGGUUGGUUAUUACAAUAAUGCAUUUCAUUCAUAGUUUAAGAGCCCAGUUCCCACUGCUAAGGAUGGUGCCUCAGGCACCAAUCAUCACAACCUACUUAUAGAAAGAAACUUGUGAAAAAUCGGUGGCUGAAGAAUACAGUGAACCUCUGUAUUUUUUUCUUUUGACUAUUUGAGGCUUGAGAAAAAGAGACCGUAGGUUUAACUGGAAAAGGGGCUACCAAGGCUUUUUGACUCGGUGGGGCUUCUAACAUCUCUAACAUCUUUCACUUUAUUUAUUUAGCUAUCGUGAAUAACCUUAGAAAGGUCAUGUGGCAAAAGUAACAUUUUCUCUUCACUGAAACCUCACACCUUCAGUGCUGGACUGAUGCGGUAUGUUCGAAGCAAGUUGUUAAACGUGAAGCUUGCAAGAAAUUCUUAAUCACUCCUGGAUCACUGAGCCACAGGAAAUUGAAAAGAAAGCACAGGAAGUUUAUUUGUGACAGUCUGAUGCUAGGUUCGUAUGUUGUUUUGAGGCAAUAUUUACAAAUUUGCAAUAGAAAAAUGUGUUUCUGUUCUUCAGUGAACUUUGAGUUGAACAGUUUGUUUUAUAUAUAAUUGUAUAAUCAUUAGAGCGGAUGUUUAACACAUAGAGGUAAUUGCAUUAAUGUGGUGUGUAGGUUCAAUGUUAAAAACAUGAAAAUGCAUUUUUCAUCAUAAUUCAUCUAAACUGAUCCUGUCUUAGUUAAGGUAGCUCUGCUGUGAAUUUGUCUUCUAUAGAAAUAUGAUAACAGUCCUAAUGUUAAUAUGUUAAAUCUUGUUGUGAGUAAAUUGCAGUUGUAAGAAAAUAUUUUCCAUGCUCGACUUGCUUGUGGAAUCUCACUUGUUUGUAGCACAAAUAAUGUGUAGUGUGUAUGGUUAAAUUAUAUAUGAAAAUAUAGUCAUUAACACAACCGCGACAAAAUGAGAAAUGCAACUGAAAACAAGAGAAAAAAAUCUGUUGUUUUCUAGUGGUGUUGCAAAUUGUGUUAUUAUUUCUCUCAGAAUGAUUUUAUUUAGGUCUAGUGUUGCUGGUCAUAGAUAAUUAGAAACUUACAGUUACAGGACAGACUCUGAUUUGGCUGUUUCAAUAUCUUUGUUCCUCUAACUGUCCUGUGAUUGAAAUCAAAUGACAAAAUCGCAUGUAAAAGCUCAUUGGAUACUAUUGUAAAUUUCAUGCAAUACAUUAAUGUAAUCCCAUAAGCAUGCAUACAAUCUGCAAUCUAAAUUUAAAGCGAAUGCCUUUUUAAAUGCUUACAUCUUAAAUCCUAAUUACAUUUUACUGUAUUGCUGCAUUAAGACCAACAACAUUUUGUUUUUUGUAAACUCCUUGGUUUUCGUUUAACCGCAUCACUCUCUGAAAGCAACCUUAAGGAGGAUUCAUAUAUAAAAAUAUCCCUGAAUAGCUGUCUCUGUUUAGUCUAUUCAGUAUUUACUCUGUUUUGCAAGUGCAGAGGUGAUGUGCAUUUUGAACAGGCAGAAUUCAGAUCUCUUUCCUAAACUCACGUUGUUUAUUUUUGCUUAAAAAAAUAUUCCGACUUUGCACUGCCAAUAGUAUAGUAUAGAAAAAUGACAUUUCUUUAUGAAUAUUUGGAUGACCAUACACUUCAGCUGUUUUUAAUAUGGUUAUUUUACUGUGAAUGAGAUGAUACGUUGCUGCCACUCUCUGCCACUUUUUACCGACUGCUUUCUGCCUAGCAACAAGAAUGUAUGGCGAAGGUUAGUUUGCAUUUUUGCCUAUAAUAUGUGACAACUUAUAACAUAUUCAACUUUUUUAUGCAUAUACACGCACUUACUCUAUACUUUACUCGUACAGAUAGUGUAUCAUAGAUUAUUUUGCCAAUGCAUCCUCAAAGUGUGACCAGGACUAUAUGAUCUCAGUGUCUGCUGCGUUCCACCUGCUCAAAAUGACACAUCUAGCAGGAGCAGUGUGAAGUUGCGUCAGCCUGGUGAGGGGGUGGUGGCUGUGCAGGCCGAUGGGGUGUGAUUUUAAUUGGAUUCCUGCCUUUUCCAGUCGUCCCCAGGUCAAGCCAGUGGUGUUGGUGCUCCCUGACUUGGGCUUCUUUUCAUCCCAACCCCCUCCUGUAUAUAGCAGCCCACUUUUGCACUCUCUCAUCUGCUGCUCUGCCUGUGCUCCUGGCUACCCUCUUCUCCCAUGACUCCCUUAUCCCGGCCCCUUAAUCUGUGCAGCAGUGUGGUCCUGUGGCAGGUGGGUGCCACAAUGUUUCAUGAACCUUAAAUCACAAAACUCACCUUUUUUGAUCUUCCGUCCUUCAGAUCGUUUACAGAGUCGCCAUCGUCCACUCAUACUCCGACGCCUUUUUCGACCGUCCUGUGUUUUCUUCUUAGUCUCGCUUUCAUUUAUCUCUUUCCAAACCGGGUGUGUUAGGCUUUGAGGGCUUUGGCGCGCGUGCACACACACAUGCACGCGCUCUUCCUGCUUACCCAGUGUGUAAUGAGAGUGAUGCUACAGACACAGGCAAAUUGAUUUUAGAGGUGAGGCUGUAAUGAGGCUAUCAAAAACAUGAAACGUGAGAGUCGUACAAGACAUGGAACUCAGAGAUAGUGUCGUGUUUUCAGUUGUCAAGCUUCCUGUGAAUCUCUGUGAGAUAAUUUGUCUCAUUUGUUUCCCUGGUUUCAUUUAGAUACGCUUAAGCGCUAACUUGACAAUUACCACGUGUUGAGAAAAUACUUUAAAGGGUUAGUUUACCCAAAAAGUGAAAAUUCUGUCAUCAUGGACUUGCGUCCUUAUGUCAUUCCAAGCCAGUGUUUCUAAUGUGUAACACAAAAGGAGAUAUUUUAAACAAUAUUUCAUCUUUUUUUUUUUUUGUCCAUUCAUUGAAAGUCGCCAUUGACUUUCAUUACAUGGACAAAAACAAAAACAAUAAGAAAUCUUAAUUUAUAGGUGAACGACCACUUCAACUGUAGAGAAUUCUUAUAAAACAUGGUAGAUUUAGUGGAAUUUUUGCAUUAAAAAUCACAUUUGAGCUUUUAGAUUCGCACCGCUAGCGAUGCAGUCAGUUGAUCGGUUGGUUUUCUUUCCGUCUUCAUCCGCAGUGCAGUAUUCUCGAGUCAGUGGUGGUGGUGCCAGCCCCCUGUGUAGCUCAGCUGGUACCACAGCUUAUUAAAUACCCAUCUAUUCACUUGCCGGACAUUCCGUUCUCUUGUCAAACCUCAGCAAGUCCACCAAAAUGAGGCUAGUGCGGGGCUUUUGCUAUGGGGCUUUUCCAUUCAGCACAGCUGCGAUUUGGGAGUGGGAGGAAACUCCACCCAGCCCAAUAUCUGAUGCAUUUCUGUCUUUUGAUGCAUUUUUAGGAUUGCAAUUCACCCCAAUGGACGUUUCUUUAAAAAAUCUUUUUUGCAUCCUCUUUUUCAUGCAUUAUCCAUGCCUUACAUAAGACAUUUCUCUGAUGAUGGCAUCUUAGAGCAGCAGGGAAGACAGUAAAGGUCUCGGCUCAGCCAAUCGGCUUGCAGGUGUGGCUUGCAUCGGGUUAUCUCGUGGCAGUAUGCAAUAAUAGCUCAAGUUUCGGCCGACGUGGUCGUGGCGACCCGUGUGUUCCAGUGGGGGACGAACAAAAGGAACAAUUCUCUUACCAUUAGUCGCUAAAUCCACUUUAGCAACUGUUGUGGAUUUGCCCCUUUUGAAAGGGGGCGACUUUGAGGAUGCCCCUGACUCUGAACACCAGUGCUAUGCUUUCAGAAGGGUGACCGUGGCCAUCGCCCAGUUCCUCUGAUCUUGCUUCCAGAUCCUUUUCGGUAAAGAUCAACUUGGAGAGCACGUACUGUGUCCUCCACGUCUUGGCAAGGGCAUUUUUGGCAGCCUUCAUGUAUGUGAGAGGCCAGCUGAACAUGCUUAAAAAGACACGCUGGAGCUUAUUUAUCCACUCUUGCAGUGGCCUUAACAAAGAGACUUUUAAUUUCUCAUACAUUUUUAAAAUCCAAAUUAGUUUUUAUUUUUUCCCACUUCCACCCACAAUACAGAAUCCAUCUUGAAUGCUUGCAAAAAGUGGCUUUGAUCUGACCUGGUUGAGCAGCAGCCUCCUUUGGAUUUAGGAGACCCACAGACCUAGAGCGAAUGUUGUCUUUUUGGUUCCCUCAGCACCAUCACUUUUCAUUAGUGGACUAUCUCAAAAUAUCGCAUUUGAAUUUUUAAUGAAAAGCAUUGUCUUUUAUAGUGUGCUUUUGAAUCUGGAAUCACAUUGAUCAGGGUCCAGGGUGUUUCAAAGUAGUGUGUAAUAGUGGGUGUUUAAUUUCAUCUGUAGAAGGAUGCAUCACAAGGGGUCUGUGUAAUCAAUCCUGUGAACUCGACAUCUAAAGCAGAGAUGGGCCUUCUGAUCACUUCCCCAACUGAAGUUCAGCCAUCCUCUGAGCCUGCAACUAUCAACGCUUUCAAACUAGCACAAGCGCUGAACUGAGGUACACCUGACACAGCUUCCUUCACAAUAUGUUUUUUUUUUUUUUAGCUGAUGCGCAUGUCACACGUGCACAUGUUCGGGCCCGUGGGCCAGGUAAAGGGAAGCGGGCGCGUGCACGUCUUUAAGUUGAUCUCACUGUUAACCUCACAGCAUUACACCAGCACCUUGAGGCCAUAGUGAACAGUGAUGGAUGGUGGAGUGGAUAAAGCAGGCUCAGGGGGCCAACCGGGGCUCAGCGUUUCUCCCCAAGCUAUUUCAAUUACAGAUUGAGCAAGCGUACUCUCUGUGAUGAUAUGUAGCUUAAAGGCCGUGACAUUAAUGGUUGGGACAAAUCGGAUUUGGUUUGGUGCUGACCUGCCACUCUAGGGCGCAGAACUAGAUGGAAGAGUGAGGUGGUAAAAAAAGAAAAGCUUUACUUCAACCUACCUCUGCUACAAAAUAUGCUUUCACAAUGUAGCAAAAUGUUUGGCUGAUCAGUCCGCAAGAGGUUAUGGACUGUGCAACAUACAUUUAGCUCACCAAAACAGAUAAAUAUGUAUGUCAUUUGAAUUCCUCAUUAGAUGAGUCCAGUGCCUGGAUCAGUUAGGCUUAUCAUAUUAGCUUCGCAGAACUUGUGUCUUUGAUUUUAGCAUUGGUCAGAUGAUGUUUUUCCCUUUUCAACAUACGCAAAUUGCACUGACAGCUUUAUGCAUGAAGGUCAUUUUGCAUCGUGUCUUGAUUUGUGGACUUUUUAAAAACAGACGUGGAUAAAGCUAACUAAAUCCUGGUUUAGAUGUAUUGAUUGACUUGGAGAACAAAAAAAUCUGUGCACAUGAAUGUAUUUCUUAGAAUUCCUUGGCCUUACAUUAGAGAGGAAUAGAAACGAGGUAAUUAACACAUCCGUCACUGGCUUAUCCUCCAUAUCUCCAUGCGUUACAGCUGUUGUAAAUGUAACAAUUACUUUUUUUCCAGUUACGCAAGUCAAAGUUACGUAAUUUCAUUUUAUAUCUGUAGGGGUUCAAUGUAUUUUCAGUCUGCUAAAAGAAUAAAAAAGUCAUGUCUCAUGAAAAUGUAUGCCUGGGAUGUGAAGGCAGCGCAAAUCCCCUUUGGCUUGUAAGAUAUCAGGUCACUGCAGUCUCACAUUGAGAUUGGUGGAGCGGUUUCUGGAGGGAGGGGCCCAGAGUGAAUAAAGGUGGGCUUUGGUGAACCUUUACCCAUGUGAGUAUUUAAGUGCUGCAUGAUUUUUGCUGCAUGGCUUUUAUCGCUACAAUUACUGCUCGUUAGGACUCCAUACUCGCCACCUUAGCAACUCCAGCGAGUUAAAGGUCAAGAGAUGUUUUAAGCUAAUUUGACUAUUAGCCAUGUAGCCAUUAUGUAAAAUCUAACAACAUUUUCUAUAUCCAUACAAUUUGUAUAUACAUAUUCCAACCAGAUAUCAUCAUUAUGAUGGUCUUACUUACUAAUACUAAGUAUAAUGAUAAAUUCCAUAAUAGAUUUGUUUCUAAUAAUACACUGCCUUCUGAACAAGUCAGUGGCAUUUUUGUUUACAAUGCCUAAUAAGACAAAUAAGAGCUGGAUAUAAUUAAGCCUGCUUGUGCGGGGCCAUAUUCCCUUUCAAUCAGUUGAAACUAACUCUGUUAAUUAAUCUUCAGAGCAGUUAUUUUCCCCAAAUAAUUUCCUUAAUAGCAACUGGGUUCCUUAGAUCUUUACUCAGCACUGCAUAUUUUCUCUUUAUUUUUAUUUCCAGUUUUGUUUGUUUUUUUUCUCGCUCUCUGAAAUCCUAGUGACCCAUAUAGUAGAUCUACAAUGUGAUGUUUUUUUUGUUGUUUUUUUUAAGGAAGGCUGCUACACAUACAGUAUUAGACACUAUUAUUAGUUUCACUUGAGGUGCUCUUGUUUUAGACCUGGCCUGUAUAUUUCCCAAAUGAAAACAUUAGCAUCACAUUUUGCUUAUCUCAUAUUUUAUCACCGAUAGGCCUGGUUGCCCUUGGAGUGCUGAUAGCAAAACAAGAGAAGGCGAUGAUCCAUGAUGUACGCAUGGUGAUCUCAUUGUGAAAACAUGCAUUUACAAGUGACUUUAUAAGAGAAACCGAAUUAUGCUAAAUGCCUUUUAUCAUUUUACAUCCUGAAAACAUCCUCUCUGAAUCUACCACCCGCUGGUAGGGAGGAUCUGGUUGGGAGCUUUACGCUGUCCUUCAGUUUUCUCAUACAUGUCAACUAGUCCUCUAAGCUGUGUAAGGAACCCUGUACCUUGAGAAGCUGAUUGGAAUCAAUAACCAAAGCGGCUAAUAUUCAAGACGAGAAUUAACGUGGAAUGAACAUUACUCUGUUGAUUAGAAGGCAAGAGCGCAUGAUGAGUUAUCAAAACACGCAAUACUACUUGGAUUAAAUUUCAGCCUUUAAUUGGAUAGAUGAAAGAAGCAAUUAGUUGAGCUCAAGUCAAGACUGUUUUCUUUUUUUCAUAUGUCAGUCCUUGCUUCCAUAAUGGCUCAGGAAGAAUGUAUGUCUCUCAUAUGCUUUGAUUUUUUUUUUUUUUACACUCAUUGAAAUGUAAUUAUAUUUAUUUAUAUGCACUUCACUGUCUUUUGAUCUUGGAUUUCUUCUGUGAGUAUAUGUCAGUGAAAAUAUAAUGUUGUAUUAUUGGACUUAAAACAAAGCAGCUAACAAUAAACAAGCCAUCUUUCCUUAGAAGCACAUUUGGAUACUACACCUAAAAAAAUCCAUACAUAAACAUGAAGCAAAAGCUCUGAAAUCUUCAUUGUAAAUGAGAGUCAUAAUGAUUAUGUUUUUUUUUUUUUUUUUUUUUUUUUUUUCAUAAUAUAAGCAAGGUCAAGUAAUUUAAUUAUAUCUCACGAAUAUUACCAGCCUGCAUAGGCACAACUGUGCUCUAUAAAAAUAUUAAUUUGGAGAGAGUUAAUUACCAUUUGACCUGCCCAGUGUGGAAAAUAUUAAAUAUGCGAAUGCUGUAAAAUUAAAUAUUAAAAUUGUUUAUUAACCAGUAUAAUCCAUUCUAGGUUUUGGUUGUUUAUUCAGAGAUGAUGCUGCAUACUCUGCAAGUUCUGCAUGCUUUUUAUUAAAAGUGUGUGCACAAACCCUAAAAUAUUUUUAUAGGCUAAAACUUGCUGAAUAUGUUUUACAAAACAGAAAGAAAAAAGGAUUUUAGGAACAGGAAAAUGUGGUAUGAAGUUAUUAAUUCAAAGUGGAAAAUAAACAAAUUACAGUUACCCAUAUACACACACAGACAUUCAGAGCUGAAUGAUAUGUUUAAUGCAAACUUGUAGAGAUGUAGGCCCCCUGUUGGCACCCUACUCAAAUGCCUCCA